UGGCCCAAUCUGUGGCUCGCACGGCCAGCCCCGCCUUCGCUUUUCUUGCCUUCCUCCGGGUGCUCUGAUGUGGGCUUAAAUCGACACUGCCCAGCGGGCAGUUCCAGGAAGCCUCUGCUGGUGACCAUCCACACAGGCCCUGGGCCACAACAGCGCCAUGAGGCUUCUGCUCUCCGCCUUCCUCCUCCUGCUGCCAGGGAUGCUCCCGCCCGCGGCCACCCGCAGCCCAGGGGUCGCCAGAAGCCAUGGGAGCCAACCCCAGGCUCCUGGGAGGUGGCUCUGGGAAGGUGGCCAGGAGUGUGAAUGCAGAGAUUGGCUCCUGAAAGCCCCGAAGAGAAAACCCAGAGCCGUGCUGGGGCCGCCGAGGAAGCAGUGUCCCUGUGACCACGCCAAGGGCAGCGAGAGAACGAGCAGACACCAAAAGCACCGCAGGAAGCCACAAAGGCCCUCCAGAACCUGCCAGCAGUUUCUCAAACGAUGUCAGCUAGCAAGUUUUGCCCUGCCCUUAUAGCUCUGAGAGGCUGAGUCCCAGCUAAACGCUCCCAGUGAGAAGAUGAUCAAGCCUAGAGCCUUCUUACCCUCUGCGCCCCGUCCUCACCAGCAGCCUCCCAGUGCUCUCGGAAGGCUGUGCUCAUGCCGAGCUCGCCACUGUGCCUGCACUUCCAUCUUCCCCUCAUUCUUUCCUUACGCCUCUGCUUCACCCCAAAAGAAUCUAGGAACCUCCGCUUCCUGCCGCUCUCAGUUGACCAUAAGUAUGGCCUGCCACGAGCAAAGAAAAUAAAUAUAUGAAUAUACAUGGAGAGUGUUGGUUAUUUCAAUCAAAUGGGUCAACUGAUAUGUCCCCUUCUGCCCUGUCCAUCUGAAACCCAUCUCAGAGGCUACACAUCCUUGUCUCUCCUUGACCCUUAUUCUGUGUUGCCUGAUUCUUAUUCUUUCACUUAUUCAGAGGGGCAAGGUCUGGACAGACCUAGCAGCCAUGUAAGGCCCUGGAUCAGACACUGCCUGGUUAAAAACAAUAAAGGUUUAAGAACUGUGGUUUCUCA